AUGUCUGGCAACCAAGACGACAAGACCAAGCCUGUGUACCACUCGUACCACAGCUACCUGUUCUCCGAACUCGAAAAAGAGUUCAAAACCAAAGUUGAAGGCCCGUACGUCACCAAGUUCGUCGACGAGUACGGCGCCUUCUACCAGGGGCAGAUAUCUCGCGACCAAGUCGACGCGCUCAAGGCGCUCGUUGCGGAUGAGUUGAUGUGGAGCCGCUACAUCUACGGCAAGCCUGAGGUUGGCCUCACCCCAGAGCAGGGCAGCAGUAUCAUUGCCAGGUUCAAGGCCAAGAUCGCUAAGCUCGAGGAGGAGCAUGCCGACGAGAAGAAGAAGCUCCAGAGCGAGCAUACUGCCGCCCAUGAAGCCUUCUUAAAGGGCGCCUGCCAGAACUACAGCAGCCAGAUCGAAAAGCUUUGCGCUGAGAACAAGCGCCUCAAGGAGGAGAACGCGGAGGUCAAGUGCCUCAAGGAGAACCUGAUCAAGAAUGAGGUAAAACAGUAUGACAAGUUCGAAGUGCUUUUGGCCGAGAAGAUGGACCUUGAGAAGGACAUCACGAGGAAGGAGGCAAAGAUCAAGGGCCUUGAAGAUGAGGUCGCCGAGUUGAAGAAGGACAACGCGGAGCUGGAGAAGGGCCUCGCCAAGCUCGGGGAGCUUCCCAAAAAGAGAAGAAUCUCGAAAAGAAGGUUGCUGAGCUCGAGGACGAGAACAAAACGAUGA